AUGCCGUUGUGUUUCGGAAGCGCGGCUCACCUGCCUCAGUUUGAGGACAGUUGCAGUCCCCUUUUGCAGCAGCAGCGGAGCUAUUCGGACACGAUACUUCGAGGAGCUCAAGUAGUCGUGUUGCUCUGUGGCUGCUUUCUCUGUCUACUGACAAUACGGAGCGUUGCUCCGUCGAUCCCGAGUCCAGCGGCUGUGGUGCUUGCCGACUUGGAGCUACGCCGGCUUCCGGAAGCGAAGAAGGCCGCAAAGUCUGUAGAGAUCGUCUACAAGCUUGGCGCAGAAAGGUCCGGAAAGAAGCAGAAAUCUGAUAUCGCAAGGCUGUUGGAAAUCUUCGCCGAGUCCUCUGAGCUAGUAGGCCACCCAAUUGACUCCGUAAUCAGUGCAGCUACCUCUUUGGGGUCUGCCUUGGGCUUCUCACCGCAGACGGAAGCCCAAAACCUGCUAGAUACAGCUGUUCAACUCAUGGACCUCCAUUUCGAGAAGCUGCAUUCCCAGUUCGAUCAGAUCCAAAGAGGCAUAGAUGAGAUCGAUGCUGAUCUGUAUACCCUGCACAGCAACGAAUGGUUCCAAAGGCGUGAAAUGAAGAGGAUCAUCAGCACAUGCCAGGGGUACAUGACCAAGCUUCGGGAGUAUUACGAGGCAGAUGUCUGGGUGAAACAGGGCCAGUUUGAUCGGGUCGUGCACUAUGCAGUGGCCGCAGCAAAGCAGUAUGAAGACUUGGUUUAUAGUGCCUUCGUAGACAAAGCGGUCCAUGAAAGCCUCGAGUCUGCUAUGAAACCCAUGGCUGGGUGGUCACAAAUUCCGCAUGCAGCCGCCGUGUAUUCGGAAGUACUCCUGGCUCGAGUCUGCCUUCUUCAGUUCCAACUUGUGCAAGAAACCUGGUUGGGACACGACUUCGGCUCAGCACCGAUGCUGCUGCUCUUGGAAGAAGCUGCAAGUCAGCUGCGACAGUACCAGAAAAGUGCAGUGCACUUGCGAAUUGAAGAAGCGGCCAAGCUGUCGAUGUCGGCCCGUGAGGCACUGCAGAACAACUGCACGGCGGCAAUCCAGGGAUUCGGGAGGAAACGCGACAAGGUUGAAAAAUGCCUGCUCUUUCCAGAGACCUUUCACGCUGCAGAGAAGGCCCUUCAAACAGUGUGCUGUGAAGGUCGGAAGGCUGCACUUGGCUAUAUGACGGAGGACCAUGACCUUUCACACGGUAGCGUUCCAUGGCAAGAGGGAACUUGUCCGCUUGGUAUGAUGAACGAGACUGACAAAAUAUUCGGAUGUAAUUUUUGGUUCACAUGGUUGCCGCACGGGAAGUCCCCUGGAUUGAUAGCUCGGGCAGAGCCAGCAGACGUUUCUGGCGGUGAUCAGUCGGUUCUCGUGGGCACAUAUCUGAGCAUCUUCUCGUCCCCAACUUUGUUGCUGAGACGAGGCCCCAUUCAUGACUUUGGGCAUUGGCAGCAGCUUGAUGGCUCCCUGCCCGGAUUCGGUGUGUUCCCGGUGUUCCAUUUGAUUGACUUAACCGGGGAGGACCCAGUUGAUUACAUCUCAAACUUCACAAUGCCUAGAGACACAAGCAUGAUGAGCCUUCAUCCUUCCUUCUCCUGCUGUCAGUUUAUAGCAUUGGCAAAAGGCAGUCUCUGGCUGGAUUCAGACUCCGAGGGCGUCUCCGCGGCGGGACUGCAGAAGACUCAUACGAUCUGUUACACCAGCAUCUGCUGCGGCUGCAACCGUAGCCUAUUCCGCUGGGCGCCUUAUUGGAAUCACGUUUCCAUCGAGGGCAUCUGA